CCUCGGCUCGGGAUGCCCCUUGAUUCGUCCUGGGCUCAAGUCGCGAUCCCUGCUUGAGUGUCCCGGGGUGGGGGACCUGGAAGUUUUAGCCUAGCUGUUCUGGAGGAGGAGUAAUUAGUCCAAGAAACAUUAUAUUCAUUUUUCUGGAUAUGCCACAAAAGGAUCCAUGCCAGAAACAAGCCUGUGAAAUACAGAAAUGUUUACAAGCCAACAACUAUAUGGAAUCAAAGUGUCAGUCUGUCAUCCAAGAACUUCGUAAGUGUUGUGCUCAAUAUCCCAAGGGAAGAUCUCUUGUCUGCUCAGGAUUUGAGAAAGAAGAAGAAGAAAAUCUUACAGUGAAGUCUGGAUCUAAGUAAAGUUGUAUUGAGAAGUUAAAUUCUGCUUCAUGUUUCCCUCAAGUGUAUUUUAUUUACUACCCCUUCUUCAAGCCAGGCAGCAGCAAGCAGCAAAUGAAAAAGCCAAUUGUAAGAGUUAGAAAAUAUGCCAUCUAUGCAAAAUAUACCAAAAUAACAAAUGAAAAAGCCAAUUGUAAGAGUUAGAAAAUAUGCCAUCUAUGCAAAAUAUACCAAAAUAACCUAUGUUAGAAAAUAAAUAUGUAUAAUGUAAAAGGGAGCUGCUAAAAUAAACCUGCUUUACAUGAAAA